AGUCACAGCGCAGAGACUUUAGAUCAACAGAAAAUCCAACGGUUUUGAUUGAGCAGAGAGAAACCUGAGAGAGAGAGAGAGAGAGAGAGCAAUGUCCGUCGAUUACUACAAGCUUCUUCAGGUUCAACGAAACGCCAAAGACGACGACUUGAGGAAAGCUACCGAGGCCAAGCUCAAUCUAAUCAAGGAUGCCUACGAGGUUUUGAGUGAUCCCAGAAAGCGAGCGGUGUACGAUCAGCAGGGCGAGGAGGGUUUGAGGAGAGGGGCAGCGCAGCCUUCUCAUUCACCCGGGUCUGGGGCAUGAACGGCAGGUGCCCUGACCCAUUCACGCAGUUUUUCGGGCCAGCCGGCAGGUCUAGGGUUACGGAGUCCGUGAAACCGGAAGACAUAUUCUCGACGUUUUACGGCGGAGGGACGAUAGGGGGAAAUGGAUUCCAGUCGUUUGCAUGGACGGACUCAGGACCUGGAAGUGGGCCGAGGAAAGCCGCGGCGAUUGAGACGACAUUACCUUGUACUUUAGAGGAACUGUAUAAGGGCGCCACCAAGAAGCUGAAGAUUUCUAGGGAUGUUCUUGGUGCUAGUGGAAGAAAAAGCACAGUGGAGGAAGUUCUAACAAUCGAGAUCAAGCCAGGGUGGAAAAAGGGCACAAAAAUCACUUUCCCAGAGAAAGGGCACGACACACGGCGAGGUGUGAUACCAGCAGACAUUGUCUUCAUCGUCGAUGAGAAGCCUCACGGUGUUUACACGAGGGACGGGGACGAUCUGAUUGUCACUCAGAAGAUCUCUCUCGCGGAGGCUCUGACGGGUCACACCGCGCAGCUGACAGCCCUAGACGGGAGAAAUUUGAGUGUCUCAGUUGAUUCCAUUAUCAGCCAGACCCAUGAAGAAGUGGUUAGAGGGGAGGGGAUGCCUAUCCAGAAGGAACAAUCCAAGAAGGGGAACUUGAUUGUCAAGUUUAGCGUCAAGUUCCCCAAGCUCACCCCGGAGCAGAAAACCGGCAUCAGAAUGUUGCUGACAUCUUUGUAAACGCCGGUUGUUAACUCGUAGCAGUCCGUAUUAUCUUUCUAAGUAGUGUAAGCUUUCCUAGGUGUACUAAGUAGGUGUUUGUUGCGUUUGCUUGUGUAACAAGGAGAUUGCUACUCUAUCAGCAAUGGAAAAAAAUCCUUUCAUGUA